CAGAGAUCAAUGAAUUCAUGUCUGUGUUUUAUCACCUUUGACCUUCGUUGUCAUAUCUUUCACAGUAAUCUUUCGGGUCUUCAAAAAUAUAAACACAUGUGGCAGUGGCACCGUGACGUAGAGAUAAGGUGGUUAAUGCGGUGAAGGUGUGUGUUUGAAGUAUGGGUAAAAUUGUUUUAUUGCACCCUGAUUUGGGCAUCGGAGGAGCUGAAAGAUUGGUCGUUGAUGUUGCCUUGGCAUUGCAGAAGGAAGGUCACGACGUUCAAUUCGUGACUGCACACCAUGAUUCGAAUCAUUGCUUUGUUGAAACGAAGGAUGGAAGCUUUCAAGUUACAGUAGUAGGCGACUGGUUGCCCCGAAGUAUUUAUGGCCGCUUUCACGCUGUAUUCGCCUAUCUACGUAUGAUGUACGCAGCGAUAUAUCUUGUCUUCUUCAGUGGAAUCAAGCCAGAUCUUGUGUUUUGUGACCAGGUGUCAGCCUGUAUUCCGAUCCUGCGAUACCGGGGUCUGAAAGUUGUGUUUUACUGUCACUUUCCAGAUCAGCUACUCAGUUACAGAGACAGCCGCCUGAAGCAGAUGUACAGAGCGCCUUUGGACUGGUUGGAAGAGGUGACUACGGGAAUGGCCGACAAAGUACUUGUCAACAGUAAGUUUACUGCAAGUGUCUUCAAAGCAACUUUCAAAAGACUGGCAAAAGUCACACCCGACGUCUUGUACCCUUCUGUGAACACAGACUUAUUCGAAGGUUCAGCAACGCGUCCGCUUAAUGAAGUCAUAGAAGAUCCCGCAUUUCUUGUCGAUGAUGCUUUUUUAUUUUUGUCUAUCAAUCGUUACGAACGUAAGAAGAACCUGUCUCUAGUACUAAGAGCAUUUGCAGAUUUGAGGACGAUUCUUGAUGAAGAUAAGUGGUCUAAUGUCUUCCUGAUUAUGGCGGGAGGCUAUGACAGUAGAGUGAAAGAGAAUGUAGAACACUUCACAGAACUAGUGUGUCUUGCAGUUAGGCUUGGAGUGUCGGAAAAAGUAAAAUUUUUUAAGUCACCUUCGGAUUCAGUUAAGCUAACUUUGUUGUAUCAUAGUCACUGUUUGGUCUACACUCCAGCCAAUGAGCAUUUUGGGAUUGUGCCACUGGAAGCCAUGCAUGCCAAGAAGCCUGUAAUAGCCGUUAACAGUGGAGGCCCCACAGAAACAGUAGUUGAUGGAAUUACUGGCUUUCUUUGUGAACCUGAACCAGAUAAAUUCGCCGAAGCAAUGAGCAAAUUCGUAUCUAAUAAGCCUCUUGUCAAGAGAAUGGGUUUGCAGGGCAGGGAUUGGGUUAUGGAAAAGUUUUCAUUCUUAUCAUUCAGCAAGCAACUGCAGAAAAUUGUCAUGGAAUUUCUGAAAAGUGAUGACAGUAAUGACUGAAUGGUGUACUUGGGGAAGAGUUACAGUACCUGAUAUUUUGAGGUAGACUGCAUUUAAAAUAGUCAUUCCACAGUUACUGGUAAUCUCAGAAGACUGAAAGGCAAAUUAUACUAUACAUUUUUCACUGAAAUCAAGCUGUUCUACACAUUUUACAUGUGAUUUCAAAUUACAUAAAAAUUUCAGUUUUUUGUAUAGGUAGGCUACUGUGAAAGUGACAGGAUACGAAAUAGUGAAGCAGUGCCUUGUCUUGUUGGAAGAUCAAAAAGUUUGUGUGUGUGUGUGUGUGUGUGUGUGUGUGUGUGUGUGUGUGUGUGUGUGUGUGAACACUCAUAUGCACUGAAAAAUUGUUUAUUUAGUGUCAGGGUGAUAAUUUUUUUUAAAAAUGUAAAUACGAAUACAAUUUUUGACAAAAUAAGGUAACUGGAUAGUCUACUCACCAAAUAGCAGCAGAACACACACAUUAGAUUGUAGUUGGGCGAGCUCAGAAAUAAAGACUACAACCUUAAUUGCCAGCAGAUACCUGCAAAUUGACAUUACCCAUACUGUUCUCAGAAUAUUUGUACUAUGAAGCAAAACAUUGGUUAAAAUGUUUUUGGUUUGUGAAUUAAAAUUCCAAAGAAAAUGUAUGCUAGUGGAAGAUGUAUGUAUGUGGUACUAUGCACACCAUUUGUUGUUUCUGUAUAAUUUUAUUUUGUUCAUCAGAUGUGUAGUUUUGUUGUAAGUUAUAUUGCAGGUAACAUCUGAGAUGCUAAAAAAAAUUUCUAUGGUUCACAUUACACAAGUGUACACUCUAAUACAUUGUAUUUUGUACAUUAAGUGAUAAAUCCUCUUUGUAUUGAUGUCAAAGUGGAAUUUAUAUCUAUGAUGCUGAAAUUAUGUUAAGCAAACUGAUUGUUCCCCUGGACCAUUGUUGAAAACUUGUGUACAGCAGACUUUUUGUAGUGUAUGGCACACUGGUUUUGUAUGGCUGUUUUCAAUUAUAUGCACUCUGAAUUAUUA